AUGCUGACGGAUGUGGUAACAUCAACGCCAUCAUUCUCAUUCGACCCAUCAGUAGAUGAAUUCUUUAACCUCGACAUCUUAAACUCAACAACAACAACAACAGCAACAACUUCUUCCCCACCAAGCCCUUUCUCUUUCUCAACCCCACCCCCAUCAAAUGGAGCAGACGAUGACUUCUUUGCUCAAUUCCUAGACACAAACGAGUUCACAAAGGGUCCUUCGCUCCCUAAUCUCGACGUCCCUUCUUAUGACUUUUUUGGCGCCGCUCAAGCUAGCGCCAGUGCAAGUGGCUCAAGCCCAGAGAGCAUCGACGCUUCAACUCCCAUGUUCGCUAUAGACCCACAACUCGUUGGAACACCCGCUACUUCCAACGACCAUUCAGACCAAGAAUCUGACUCUGACAUAGAGCCACCCCCCAAACGCUCCCGUCGCGGCGCAGUCGCAUCUGGGGGUAUCAAGAAAUCUUAUUCUCCUUCUGACAAGGACAACUCUGGCGCAGGCAAGACAAAGAACUCAAAGGACCCUGCACCCCUCAAGAUCCUCGAACCAGAAGACUGGCGCCCGAGUCCAGAAGAAUACAAGAAGAUGAGCAGUAGAGAGAAGAGGCAGCUCCGUAACAAGAUCAGCGCACGCAACUUCAGAGUCAGGCGAAAAGAAUACAUCACAACCCUCGAAGGCGACAUCGCAGAACGCGACCGCCUAAUCGACGCAAUCCGCUCAGAACUAGGCAGUUCCCGCUCAGAAAACACAGCCCUCCGCCAAGAAAUUUCAGCCCUCAAACGCUGCCUCCUCGAAUCAAGGCGUCAAGCACCAGACCUCCCUCCCCCAGCAGAACUCCUCCCAACUUCCAACCCCAUCGGUGCACCCCUCUCACCACCCGGAAGCCCAGCUCCAACCCCCGUCCAAACCACCCCUCUCAUCACCCCAAACACCCAAAAAGACCUCCCUACUUCUCCCAGGCUCGGCGCAAGGCCGUUUUGGGGUGGAUUUGGCGGCAUGGGAGUUACGCCUGUGCAUACGACCCUUAUCCCGCAUACGCCUGUGGGCGUCAAGGGCGUUCUCCAAGAGAACAUUAAUCCUGCUUUACACCGCCCUGGAUCAAUCGUCGAGAAGACGAACAGCCAACUCAACGGCCUUGGAAACAUGGGAAUGGGAAUGGGCGCAUUCGAUGCGUUUGCGGAUACCAAUCCGUUCACACUCAAGACUCUCGAUGCCUAUCGGAUGCAGUUAUGGGGGAAGAUGGCUGCGCAGCAAGCCCAAGCUCAUCCUCACGCCAACGUCAACUCAAAUGGGUACACCCCUCACGGUCUGGCAUCAAACCUCAAACCCGCAUAUUUCGCAUCAUCUUCCAAGGCACUCGCUGGGAAGGGUGCGAAUGCGUACCCAUCGCCUCCUGCGUCUCCCACGUUCGGUGGGGGUAAAGCGGCGCAAGGGCCUACGAGGGAACAAGCGGCGCUUGCUGCUAUUGCAUCUCAGACCUUGCUUGGGAAGUUGGGGAGUGCAUUUUGGGAGGCGUUUUCUGGGUCUGGUCCUGCGAGUUCAAGUGGGGCGAGUGGAAGUGGAAUGGGGAGUAUGGGUGGGAUGAGGAAAGAAUGGGAUGCAGAGAAAGUGCGCAAGGUACUUGAAGGCCGUGCAGUUGUGAGAGUCGUGGAUAUCGAGCCUCAGAUGGGCGGAGCGGUGGAGAAACCGGUGGCGGUGCCCUCGUUAAGUAUGGGCGGGAGCGGGGAGAAGAAACCUGCGACUGGACCUGGAGCGUGCAAGGCGAAUGUGUGCGAUAUUUUGGAGGAGAGUAUGAGGAGUUUGACGAUUUCGAAGAAGUAG